AUGGCUAGCAUCAAUAACGACUUAGUUGCUGCUUUUCGCCUCUUGGCGAAGAAACUGACUCAGGAAAGAGCCGAGUGUCCCGAUUUUGCUAGGGACAUGUUUGAGAUGUUAGCCAAGGUUAAGCCAUCGUUCUUUAAGGGGCAAGAUGAUCCUACCUUCUUAGAGAAUGGGAUUAGAGAAUUCAAAAAGAUCUUUAGGGUUGUUAACUAUCCUGAGAACAUGAGAUUAGGUCAAGCAAUUUUGUACCUAAAGGAUGAGGAUGAUUUAUGGUGGAGAGAAAAUGGGGAUAGAUUUAGUGUUGUGGAAGGUACUGAGGAGUUAAAGGCUCUGAGGUUUGAGCAAGGUCUGACUGAGGAGAUUCAGCUGGGGUUAGGGGAUGUGAGUAAGGAAUUUGGGGUGACUAUUGAGGAUGUCCCAAUUGUGGACGAGUUUAUGGAUGUAUUUUCGAGUGAGAUUUCGGGUGUGCCGCCUACUAGAGUUGUCGAGUUCACCAUACACUUAGUUCCUGGAACUGCACUUAUAUCAAAGGUACCUUAUAGAAUGGCACCACCUGAGACGAGUGAGUUGAAGAUGCAAUUGCAGGAGUUGCUGGAUAAGGGUUAUAUUAGGCCUAGUGCAUCACCCUUGGGAGUUCCUAUAUUGUUUGUGAAAAAGAAGGAUGGAAGUAUGAGAUUGUGUAAACUAUAA